AUGUCACUGUUGUGCGUCACCAUCCGAAAGGCACGACUUCAAGGAUCGCAAGAUGAAUUCAAUUCAUAUGCUGUAGUUAAAUUACAAAAUGUUAAAUCGACAACGAUAGCAGUAAAAGGCAAUCAACCAUGCUGGGAGCAAGAAUUCAUCUUUGAAACAAAUCGAAUUGAUAAUGGUAUGCUACUGGAACUUUGGAAUAAAGGUGUCCUUUGGGAUAAACUUCUCGGUGUGCAUUACUUAACAUUAACAUCGGUGCAGUACAGUAAUGAAACAGGUCCUGGCAAGUGGUUACAAAUUGAUCAAGAAUUAGAAACUCGAAAUGGUCAAACGGUUGGAACAAGUCGUCCAACUGGGCACUCAAUUUUAGUUGACGUACGCUUCGAACUGCCAUAUGAUGCACAAGGUGCUAAUGCGGAAGAAUUGCAAGAAAAAUUGCAAGCAUUAAAUCGUCUCAUCGAAAUUGGUGAUCACUGGCAAGAAGAACGUGCUCCAUUAAUACGUUCUGGUAUUUCGGAAGAUUCUGAUUAUACAUCAGAUGUAUCAUUUCCUGUCCAUCAUCCAAAUAGUUCGGCACAUCAAUGGUACAGUCAUUUGCAUCAAAAUAAACGACACCAACGACAAUACGACAAGAAUCUUUUACCAUUUGAACAGGCAAGUUAUGAAGAUGAAGAAGAUGCCUAUCGACAACAAUUCUAUCCAGAUGAUAGUGAACAAAUUCAAAAAUCAACUGAAUAUUAUGAUGAUAUGCUUGGUUAUUCAACGGAAGUAAACGCUUCGCUAUCACGUCAUCAAUAUUCACGUGAAACCGUAAGACAAGAAUCUAUGUUACGUAAUGUUUAUAAUAUUGAAAAUAAUGAUGAAUAUGAUCGUUCGGAGAGAAAUCGGAAUAGUUUAAACUAUGAUAAUGAUUAUCAUGAUAGACAUUAUUAUGAUCCAGUUGAACAAUCAGAUGAUUACUUUCAUCCCAGUACAUCUGGUGAGCAAUAUCAAAGUGAUGAAUAUCAUAAUGAUAAUGAAGCAAGAGAACAAUGGGAUGAUGAACAAAAUAUGGAUUGGACCGAAGAACAAGAACCAUUAUCAUAUAAUAGCAUUAUCAAUGAUGAUGAUGAUGAUGAGGAUGGUGAUGAUGAUGAUGAUAAUAAUGUUGAUGUUGAUGAUGAUGAUGAUGAUGAUGAUGAGAUUUGGCAUGAUUAUUCGACAGUAAUGCAGAAUAAAUCAUCUACAUUAACAAAUCAAUAUGAUAUGCCACCAACAGAAUCAGAACAUGAAUCAUUGGAUCAUCCUGAAAUGAAUCAUUAUUAUAUCAAUGAUUUAAAUAAUCAUCAAUUAAAUUUCACUAAUCAACAACUACCGAAUGGUUCAAUUAAUAAUUUUGAUCAAAUACGAUAUGAUCAUAACAAGCAAUAUUCCAUCAAUGAAAAACAAGAAAUAGAAAAUGAACUUAAUGAGGCGCAAUGUUCAUUUGAGCGCCACAAUAAUGAUGAAAUGCAAUCGAAGAUAUUAAAAGUGCAAUUUACAAUGGAUGAUAAUCAGCAAAUGAAUGAAAUUGAAAGGAUUAAUGAAGCCGAAUUGAUAUUAUCAAAAAGAAAUUAUAAAAAUUUAUGGCAUAAAGCUUAUGAGGAUACAUGUCGAAUACUUGGAAUUAAGCCAACAUUAUUAGAAGAUGAUAAUGCUGAAAAUUCAUCAAGUGCCUUUUAUAAAAGUAUUGUUGCAAUGCCUGAUAUGAAUAUAUCACGCACUAAAAAGACAAUACCGCUUGUUAGUGAAUUGACAAUGGCAACAAAACGUGCUCAAGCUGGCCUAGCAAAUGCUGCUAAAACAACAUUUGGUGAUGAAGAAUUGAAAAUGCAUGUUUACAAGAAAACAUUACAAGCCUUAAUUUAUCCGAUCAGUUGUACAACACCGCAUAAUUUUCAAUUGACCAAUUUUCAAACUCCAACAUGGUGCCAUGAAUGUGAAGGGUUAUUGUGGGGCCUAGCUCGACAAGGUUUAAAAUGUGCAGAAUGUGGCGUUAAAGUACACGAUAAAUGCCGUGAUUUAUUAAGUGCCGAUUGUUUGAGCGGCGGAAAAAGCUCAAAACACGGCGAAGGUAAUCGAACACAAAAUUUAAUGGCAGUUAUUCGAGAAAGGAUGAAAAUGCAAGAGAGAAAUAAGCCUGAAAUCUUUGACACUGUUAGGGUCAUAUUUAAUGUUGAUUUGGAAACACAGGAAGAAUCACUGAAACAGGUGAAAACAAGUAUUCUAGAAGGUAGCUCAAAAUGGAGUGCAAAAAUUGCUCUUACUGUGAUAUGUGCUCAAGGUUUAAUAGCCAAAGACAAAACGGGUAAAAGUGAUCCAUAUGUUACCGCUCAGGUAGGUAAAAUGAAGAAACGUACACGUACAAUACAUCAGGAAUUGAAUCCAAUAUGGAAUGAAAAAUUUUUCUUCGAAUGCCAUAAUUCAACUGAUCGAAUUAAAAUUCGUGUCUGGGAUGAAGAUAAUGAUUUGAAAAGUAAAUUGAGGCAAAAAUUGACCCGUGAAUCGGAUGAUUUCUUAGGUCAAGCAAUUAUUGAAGUACGAACAUUAAGUGGUGAAAUGGAUGUUUGGUAUAAUUUAGAGAAAAGAACGGAUAAAUCAGCAGUUAGUGGUGCUAUCCGAUUACAUAUUAAUGUUGAAAUUAAAGGUGAAGAAAAGUUAGCACCGUAUCACAUCCAAUACACAUGCUUGCAUGAACAUUUAUUUCAACAUCAUUGCACGGAACAGGAUGAAGUACGAUUACCGGAAAUAAAAGAUGAUUCAUGGAAGGUAUAUUUUGAUGAUACCGGUCAGGAAAUUUGUGAUGAAUUUGCUAUGCGUUAUGGUAUCGAAAGUAUAUAUCAGGCAAUGACACAUUUUGCGUGUCUCUGCACACGUUAUAUGUGUUCCGGUGUUCCGGCCGUACUCUCAACACUUCUAGCUAAUAUUAACGCAUAUUACGCUCAUACGACCGCUACGUCAGCUGUUUCCGCAUCUGAUCGCUUCAAUGCUUCUAAUUUUGGCCGCGAUCGAUUUGUUAAACUAUUGGAUCAGUUGCAUAAUUCAUUACGAAUUGAUUUAUCAAUGUAUCGGAAAUAUUUUCCAUCAUCAUCGCCUGCCAAAUUAACUGAUUUAAAAUCAACGGUCGAUUUGCUAACAUCGAUAACAUUUUUUCGUAUGAAAGUAUUAGAAUUAGCAAGUCCACCACGUGCAUCUAAUGUUGUAAGUGAAUGCGCUAAAGCUUGCAUGCAGGCAACAUAUCAAUUAAUGUUUGAAAGUUGUUGUGAAGAUGGUGGCCCAUCAGCUGAUAGUGUUAAUUUUUGGUUUGAUUUUCUUGAUUAUAUGAUGCGGGUAAUUGAAGAUGAUAAAAAUAUCUAUACACCUGUACUAAAUCAAUUCCCGCAGGAAUUAAGUGUGGGUAAUUUAUCCGCUGCAACACUAUGGCAAUUGUAUAAAACUGAUUUACAAAUGGCAUUAGAAGAACAUGCACAAACAAAGAAAUGCUCUACACCGGAAUAUAUGAAUUUAUAUUUCAAAGUUAAAGGCUUUUACUUUAAGUAUGUAGCUGACUUACCACAGUAUAAAGAUUCAAUUCCGGAAUUUCCUGCUUGGUUUAUACCAUUUGUAAUGGAUUGGUUAAAUGAAAAUGAUGAGCAUUCGAUGGAUAUUCUACGAAAUGCAUACAAUCGUGAUAAAAGUGAUAACUUUCCACAAACAUCGGAGCAUACGAAAUUUUCAAAUUCUGUUAUUGAUGUAUUCACACAGCUUAAUGAAGCAUUAAAAUUAUUGAAACAGAUGGAUUGUCCAAAUCCGGAAGUGUAUGCGGAUAUGAUGAAACGAUUUUCGAAAACACUAAAUAAAGUUUUGCUAGCAUAUGCUGAUAUGGUGCAAAAGGAUUUUAACAAAUUUGUUAGUGAUGAAAAACUUGCAUGCAUACUGAUGAAUAAUGUUCAACAACUUCGGGUACAAUUGGAGAAAAUCUACGAGAAUAUGGGUGGUCCAAAUCUUGAUCCAACUGCAAAUACCGUAUUAAAUAAUCUUCAGAAGAAGCUUAAUGCUGUUUUAAAUAAAUUAUCAGGACAAUUUGUGGAAAGUUUAGUGCCAAAUAUUCAUGUACAAAUGAAUAAAUUGGGCGUUAUUUUGAGUAAAAUUAAAGGGCCACAACUGCCGAAAAGUCAAUUAGUUGCAGAGGUAGAUUCGGUACUUGAACCACUGAUGGAAUUAUUGGAGGAUAAAUUGCAAGAUUAUGCAUCACAAUGCGAAAAGACAGUAUUAAAGUAUUUGCUGAAAGAAUUAUGGCGAGCAACGAUAACAAGCAUGGAAAAAUUGGUUGUUUUACCACCGCUUGAUAAUAAAGCAAUUUUGAAACAAAUACCAAAUGCAGAAGUAUUCUGUGAUAUGACAAAGCUAAUGUCAACUCAUUUAAAAGAAGUGAAAAAUAUAAGUUCAGUGAAGGAAAUGAUGGAUAUUGCUCGAGAAUAUGAGCGUUCAUUAACUCCAAAGCAGUGUACAGUAUUGGAUGCAGCAUUAGAUGCUGUAAAAGAAUGUUUUCAUGCCGGUGGUCAAGGAUUGAAGAAAUCGUUCUUCGAGAAAUCACCUGAAUUGCAAUCAUUGAAAUAUGCCUUAUCGUUGUAUACUCAAACUACCGAACAACUCAUUAAAACGUUUAUUACCAGUCAAAAGCAACAAGAUCUUCCUUCACAAGAACAACCGGUUGGUGAAGUAAGUAUUCAGGUGGAUCUGUUCACGCAUCCAGGAACCGGUGAACAAAAAGUUACUGUUAAAAUAUUGGCAGCAAAUGAUCUACGAUGGCAAACAGUAAGUACAUUUAAGCCAUUUGUUGAAGUGCAUUUAGUUGGGCCACAUUUGGCUGAUAAAAAGCGCAAAAUGGCAACGAAAUCAAAAAGUGGCAAUUGGGCACCAAAAUUCAAUGAAACAUUUCAUUUUUUUCUUGGUAACGAAGGUGAGCCAGAACAUUGUGAACUGAUGUUCCAAGUGAAGGAUUACUGUUUUGCACGUGAAGAUCGAAUUGUUGGAGUUGGAGUAUUACAGUUAGCCAAUAUGAUUGAGCAAGGAAGUUGCGCUUGUUGGGUACAACUUGGCCGACGUUUUCAUAUCGAUGAAACUGGCCUCAUCUUACUUAGGAUAUUAAGUCAACGACAAACCGAUGAGGUAGCUCGAGAAUUUGUACGUUUAAAAUCAGAGUGUCGAUAUGAGACUGAGUCAACAAUCGCAGCAUCAAUGAGUAAUCAACAAUUAGCUGCAAAUCGAGUUAGUUAA